AAAUUUCAAAAUGGUAAAUCCCAAAUGCCUGCUUUCCAAAAUGUCGAUUUUUCAAAACGUCCACUUACAAAAUGCCAAUUUCCCGAAAUGUCAAAUACUCAAAAUCCCAAAUUUCAGUAAUGUUCAAUUCCACCUACUUUCAAUGAUUGCACCUCCAAAUAAAAAAGUUGUCAAUAUCGGAAGUCCAAGUAUUAACGACGAUAACAACAACAACCAUCAUCACUGGUUUCACCUUUCCCCUUCAUUUAGGCCUUAUUCAAAAAAUAAUUUGGAAAUAUCUAGAUAA